CUAUGCUACAAUGUUUUUUGAUCAAAAUGUUUUGCAAUAACAUGUUGGAUCGCAUGGUGUCGGUAUAAUAGCAAAGUGUUUGCCCAAAGCUUUUCGUCAUCACCGUUAGGUCCAAUCAUGCAGUUUGUCAUUGAGGUGUAAGGGCUUCAACACAGAAUUAGCGCUGUUCAAUUCCAAGGAGUGUAUCGGUGAAACAACGCAGUUUGCAAAGGAAUACGAAUGAUUUUAUGUCUUAACCAUUGAAGUAAAGAUACCGGAAUUAUUAUUUUUCUCCUUUUUUACAUUAUGGAACAAAGCGGACGCCAGCCGUGGAACGAACGAUGGAGAUGCGUUGCCUACAUGUUGGUUUUGGUAACGUUUUGGAGCAAAGCCUCGGCUCAGAUCAGAUAUUCGAUCUCGGAGGAGCUGAAAGAAGGAAGUGUUGUUGGAAAUAUUGCAAAAGACUUGGGAAUGGAUAAGGUUACACUGAAAGAUAGAGAAUAUCGCAUUGUUGGUGGUUCGACGGAACCUCUUUUUCGUUUGAAUCCGGACGACGGCAUUCUGUAUGUCAGCCGGAAAGUGGACAGGGAAGACAUAUGUGAACGAAGUAAGGCGUGCAUAAUCAACCUUAAAACCGUGUUAGAAAAUCCUCUGGAAAUCCAUUACGUGGCCAUUGAGGUGCUGGAUGUAAACGACCACUCCCCCGUCUUUCCUGAGAAAGAGAAGCGACUCGAAAUAUUUGAAUCGACGUUACCGGGAGCAAAAUUCCAGCUCCAACCUGCGCGCGACCCCGACGGGGCUCAGUUUACCGUUCAGCAGUAUACACUCAGCCAGAAUGAUCACUUUCGUUUGGAGGUUAAGGAGAGGGGUGAAGACCGCAAGUUGCCCUUCCUGAUAUUAAAGAAACAGUUAGAUAGAGAGACUUCGAUAGAACACAAGCUUUUGCUCACAGCUGUUGACGGCGGGAGGCCGGCGAGGUCUGGAACAUCAAUGAUAUUAAUUGAAGUGCUUGAUGUUAAUGACAAUUCACCUGUUUUUACAAAAGAUGUAUAUUCUGCUAUUCUUUACGAAAACGCAGAUCCAGGUACUUUAGUUAUUCAGGUUAAUGCAACUGAUUUGGAUGAGGGUGCAAACGGUGAAAUGGUUUUCUCAUUGGACAGCAGUAGAGAUAAUUUAGGUCUGUUUUUGAGCAUCAACUCUGAAAAUGGAGAUAUUUUGGCUCUUAAAAUUUUUGACUUUGAAACCUUGAAAAAGUUCCAGUUCCAAGUUGUCGCCACAGAUUCUGGGUCUCCAUCACUGAGCAGCAACGUCACGGUGCACGUGUUCAUUCUGGAUCAGAACGACAACGCUCCGAUCAUCUUGUAUCCUCUCAGCUCUAACGGUUCUGCUGAAGGUGUGGAGGAGAUUCCCCGCAAUGUGAACGCAGGACACUUGGUGACUAAAGUCAGAGCCUAUGACGCUGAUAUAGGAUAUAACGGCUGGUUACUGUUUUCACUGCAGGAAGUUACUGACCACAGUCUCUUUGGGUUGGACCGCUAUACAGGACAGAUCAGAACACUUCGCUCGUUCACAGAGACGGACGAGGCUGAGCAUAAACUGGUCAUACUGGUGAAAGACAACGGGAACGUUUCACUCUCAGCAACAGCUACUGUGAUUGUCAAAGUUGUGGAGCCCAAAGAGGCUUUUGCUGCUUCUGAUGUUAAAAGUGCAACAAAUGACGAGGAGGAGAAUAACGUGACUUUUUACCUGAUGAUAACUUUGGGCUCAGUUUCAACACUUUUUCUCAUCAGUAUCAUCGUGCUGAUUGCAAUGCAGUGCUCUAAAUCCACAGAGUAUACUUCUAAAUAUCUACAAGAGACUAAUUAUGACGGGACACUGUGUCACAGCAUCCAGUACAGAUCUGGAGAGAAACGCUACAUGUUAGUUGGACCCAGAAUGAGUAUUGGAUCUACUAUAGUCCCGGGAAGCCAUGCGAAUACACUGAUGCUCCCUGACAGGAGGACACAUGGAGAGGUAAGACAUGUUUAG